AUGGACAAUACUGACAUGUAUUUAUGGAAUUUUAAAGGUUAUAAUUUUCAUCGUAUGGCAGUCAAUAUGGACUUCAUAAAAAAUCUAGAUGAUUUUGCAAUUAGAGAUGAUGAUGUCUUCAUAAUAACAUAUCCAAAAUCUGGUACCAUCUGGACUCAGCAAAUACUAAGCUUGAUUUAUUAUGUGAAGCAUCGCAAUAGAACUGAAAAUAUAAACACAAUUGAUAGAGCCCCUGUCCUUGAAUACAACUUUUUCAAUGUGGACUUUGAGAAAAGACAGUCCCCUCGCCUCUUUGCUUCCCACCUCCCAUAUUAUUUAGUUCCCAAAGGACUGAAGAACAAGAAAGCUAAAAUUAUUUAUGUCUACAGAAAUCCUAAGGAUAUUUUGGUCUCAUAUUUUCAUUUUGCAAAUUGGGUGAUCACAUUUGAACCUACAGAUACCAUAGAACGUUUCAUGGGAAAAUUUCUAGAUGGAAAAGUGGUGGGAAGCCUUUGGUUUGAUCAUAUCAGAGGCUGGUAUGAGCACAAACAUGACUUCAAUAUUCUGUUCAUGAUGUAUGAAGAUAUGAAGAAGGAUCUCAGAAGUUCAGUGAUUAAAAUCAGCCAGUUUCUUGAGAGAGAGCUGAGUGAAGAGGAUGUGGAUGCUGUUGUGAGACAGGCUACCUUUGAGAACAUGAAGUUCAUUCCAGAAGCAAAUUAUGCAAAUGUUAUAGACAUUGAAACUGCGACAAGAAAUAAGGAGGGAUGUCACAUGCGGAAAGGUAUUGUUGGAGACUGGAAACAUCACUUGACUGUAGAGCAGAGUGAAAGAUUUGACAUCAUUUUCCAGAGGAAAAUGAAAGACUUUCCAUUGAAGAUCAUCUGGGACAGUAAUGAGCAAUAG